GGACAUGUAAUUUAAUAUAAAUAAAUGAGUGUGAAAUGUGCCCCUGGGUAAUAAUACGACAUUUUACCUUAAGUGUUUUACCUUUUGUGGGACUUUUAUUUUGGCGCAUUGGUGUGCAUCUCAAGCUCGUUCGGUAGAUGGCGCUGUUAUCCAACAUAUGUUUUUAGAGCUAUAAUUUAUAGACGAUGAGAAUAGUUAAUUUGACAUAAUAAUGACAUAUAUAAAAUUCCCAAGCCCAUUCAAACUGUAAUAAAAGUCAGUGUCACUGUUGACAACAUAAGCACAGCUAUGUGGAAGUUCUGCAUGCAUUUGGGCCUCUCUGUAAGUGUUUAAAGGUGCAGUUUUUGCAUGUCAUUCCACAAAGUCCCAAGACCGGUUAAAACAACAGGAACCGUUCUUCAUCUCACUCUUGGCAUUAUAUCCAAGCUUUGAAGCACAUAAAGUCCUUGAAGAACUUUGGUUUAAGAUUUUUUGAAUUGCCUUGGUGAUAUACAGUACAAUCUUAAAUACUAUUUCUAAUGUCACUAGUACUACAAUACUACUAAUAAUGACAACAAUUAGUAUAUUGUUCCUAUUUAUGUUUAAAGACAUUACAUCUGGAUCAAGAGGGGUAUCUCCUCGGCUGGUGCACUUGGGCCUUACAUAUUUUCUUGUAAUCUAUUUAUGAACAACUAAUCAUUUUACAUUUUAGCUAUAUAUCAUGAACAAAAGUUGUAAAAUGAAAGUGAAUGGAGAUCAGGCAAUAUAAACAUAAAAAGAACAGAAUUAUGUUUUUAUGUGAUGUUCUGAAGAUACAAAAGCCAGCAUCUACAUUUACAUUUACAUUUAGUUAUUUAGCAGACGCUUUUAUCCAAAGCGACUUACAGCAUCUGUGUUUUAUUGAUCAAUGACCAGACCAGAUACCUACCUGGCAGGGUUGAAAUGAUUUAUUUUAUCCCAUUGUGAAGUUAAAAACGUCAAAUGUCUUGUAUAGUGUGGAGGCUCGGUGAAGCAUAUCUAUAUUCAACGAAGCAUUUUCUGAACUGCUUGAAGUAAUGGAUAAAAAGCCAAUGCAUCCUUCUUGAUCUUCACUGGAUCUGAACCAGCGGCAUUAUAAAGGCUUAUGGUACAUUUACUUUACCGUUCACAUCCUUAAAAACAUAAUUUAAACGCUAUUUCUAUUUAUAAGACAAAUUAUCCAGAACCCAUACGCAUACAAGUGCUGUUAUUCGUGUUUAAAUGAUUUGUCAGAAAUGUCAAAAGAAAUUAAUAUGUUGAAAUUAUUUCGUCCAUGAUAGGCUACUACCCGUCAAUUCGUUUUCCCAGAGUUCAUACACUAUUUAAUUUCGAUCCAAAUGUCAAUCAUUCAUCGAUUCGCGAGGUAGUCUCUAGUAUCCUAGCAACCGCAGACGCUAAACUGCGCCGUCAAACUUGAUCCUCUCGUGCGAUCAAAGCGUGAAUUGCAAUGGAUGCAUCAUUCGAAGCGAAGUCCAGACCUCUUUCUACUCUGUCUGUCUUCAGCUUUAUACCACCAAGACGGACAGAGACCAAAGAAAUGCGAUAUUUAAACAACAUCCCGAAGGCUUCAGAAAUGUCUUUGUAUGACUGCAUAAAUCAAACCACCGAAGGUUACGAUAACAAACUCCACAGAGAUGACCGGACACAUGCUAAAGCCCGCGGCCUGGACAUCUUCAGUGAGGAGUCAAGCAGACCAGUUCCUGUUCUGUCUUCUUCUGUGUGUGGACGGUUUACACCAUCACAACAUGACUUGGGGAAGACAUUUGCUCGCAUCGCUCACAUUCACUCGGACUUCUACAGCAAAAAUGGAAUCACCUGGACAAUGGAGGAGUGCUAUGGAUCCGUGACACCCGUCUGAUGUGCACUAGUGUCAGUGACAAUAUAAAAAU